AUGGACUCUAACGAGAUUGUUAGACAUGAUUCUCAACAGCAGGAUGCUGAAGAUGUUAUAGAGAUCGAAAGCUGUGCAGAAGACGAGGCGGAGAUCCAGAACGCCACAGAACUACGACAAAACCCUACAGGACCAAGACGGGACUGGUCUGGUCGUUUCACACCGGCCCAAACUAAUGGUAAUAGGCAAAACGCACAAGAAGAUGCUAAUGAACAACACAAUGACAAUGACGAUGAUUUAGAGGUGGUGGACGAAAUAGUGAUCGAUGAUGGGGGUCCUUUGGACCCCAACGCGGAAUACGUGGACCUCGAUAACGAGAGACCGUUCACCGUGGCGCAAAUAAGACCCAGACAACCUUCCACUGGAAGUGGCCAAGAGGACGAUGACGUCGUAUUCGUGGGGCAAAACACCACAAAUGCGAGUUUUGUGCUGAAUCUUCCCGGUGGCGAUCGAGUAUUGUUUUCGGGCAGUCCUCUCGAGCUGCCUGUUCGAAGGUCCUUCCAGCACCAAGUGCCUCGGGCUCUUUCGUCACAUUUGAACUCGCGAAGAAGACGUGCUCAGCGCGUUGCAGCUGGUGCUCAACAAGCAUUGAAUGCACCCAUGACUGCAUCAAAUCAACAGUUUUCGAAUUUCAAUGAGCAGCGCAGGAGAAAUGAGAUGCGACUUAGAAGAAGCACUCGCCAUAUGCAACAAAAUGCAAGAAGACAUACACCUUUUUCAAGUCCCAGUAGCUUCAUGGGCCAUUCGAACCCUGCGAAUUUUCAAUCGCAACUUUCCAUGCUACCAGUUGGCGUUCGGGCCGCUUUUGACGAAGCAUUGUCGAUUGACGAAUUUCAAUCUGUGCUCGAGGCUAGAGACCGAGAAAGCUACGAACAACGUUUGGACGAGCUUACAACGCUGUAUGCACAGUACCGUGAGAUUGUGGAGAACUCAAGGGAGCCAAACCCAAGUAACGAGCCGAGAGCUGGUCGCAACAUGUUUCAUUGGGCGCAGGCGUUGGGAACUUUCGCGGGUCACAAUGGCGGCAGACAACACGGCCUGGCAAGAGCGUGGGUUCCUCCCCAGUACGCAGGAAUCCACACCAGAGACACAGAUGAUUCGCGGGAAAUACAGGGAAUAAUGGAAUUGAUUGAGGCCCGUAAUGAGGCAGAAGUCGAUAGCAAGAAACGCAAGCUCAUGGAAAGCACUAAGGGCAAGCGAAUGAGCUUUUUGGAAGAUGCCAAGAAACUGCCCGAGGGCUAUAGCUCCUCUUUCGACGUUGUGCUGAAACUGGAGAUGCCAAUUAGGCGCAACAAACAGACCGAAAUCAUAAGUGUGGAAGACGACGAGGCGACGGAGAUCGAAAUUCCCGCUUGUACUCUUUGCGGUGUUGAACUGGGGGUUGGAAUUCCAGAGGGUUACGAGGGAAGAGGCCAAUCUGACGACAAUAGGUCUUUCAGCGAGCUUGUUGAGAAAUAUAAAUUCCAUUGUCCUUACCAGUCAUUACGAAGAUUUACGGUUGCAGACAGAGACUUAUCGCGGGAAACUUACGUGGCAAGCUGUGGGCAUAUGUUUUGUGGUCGUUGCCUUGCAAGAAUACGCAGUGCGAGAAAAGUGAAUGAGAAAAGUGCCAAGAAGUUCAGAAAUGCGAUGGGACCUUCGCAUCCGGACAAUUGCGGUCCUCGACAAUGCCCGGCUGAGAAUUGCAAGAACAAGCUGCGACAGAACUCCACGAUGCACGAAGUCUUCUUCUGA